GUCAAUAAUCUAUCAGGUUCCUGAGGUGUCGGUCAAAGUUUCAUUAGACUGGUGCUCACUGCCUCAGAGCGGCUGAAACCUGCACAUUUCCUCCGCGAUGACAGCACAGAACAUAUCCCGGUUUUGGGAGUGGGGGAGGAAGAUUAUUUGUGUCGGGAGAAACUAUGCCGAUCACGCCAAAGAGUUGAAAAACGCGAUCCCCACGGAGCCCGUCCUGUUCCUGAAGCCUCCCUCUGCGUAUGUCAGAGAGGGCUCCCCGAUCCUGGUGCCCGUGUACACCAGCAACCUGCACCAUGAGGUGGAGCUAGGCGUGGUGAUCGGGAAGGGGGGCACGGCCAUCCCGCAGUCCGCCGCCAUGGAGCACGUAGCCGGCUACGCUCUGUGCCUGGACAUGACGGCGCGGGACAUCCAGGACGAGUGCAAGUCCAAGGGUCUGCCCUGGACCCUGGCCAAGGCUUUCAACACCUCCUGCCCCGUCAGCGAGUUCAUCCCCAAGGAGAGCAUCCCUGACCCGGGCAACGUCAAGCUGUGGCUGAAGGUGAACGACCGGCUGCGGCAGAGCGGCUGCACCUCCCAGAUGAUCUUCUCCAUCCCGUACCUCAUCAGCUACAUCAGCGACUUCAUCACCCUGGAGGCGGGGGACCUCAUCUUGACCGGGACCCCCAAAGGAGUCUCCGCCGUGCAGGAGCACGACGAGCUGCAGGCCGGGAUCGAGGACGUGGUGACCAUGAGCUUCAGAGUGGACAGACCAGAACAGUAGUGAGAACUAAAAGACUCAGACUCAUGAGAGGAGAAGUGAUUUUACUGCAAACCCGAACCUCGAUUCUUCCAGUAUCUGUGUGUACCAGCAGGUGGCAGUGCUGUGCCACCAUAGAGAUGUUUCUGAUGAACUCAGUGCUGCCUUGUACAGUGUUGAUCACUCAAGCAUAGCAACAUGCCUCAUGAUGUGAUGAGGAUGCUGGGUUGAACUGUAUAGUGCGGUAUCCUUUUACUACAUGAAAAUCCUCCAUCACACGGUGACACUGACAGUGUGUUUGUUUCGGAUCAGUUUUCAGAACUUCAAAUAAAAGAUGGAAUCACAUGUUGUUAUUACUACA